AUGUCUUCUUCGGUGCCCUAUGAUCCGUACGUGCCCCCCGAGGAGUCCUCGGGCGCGUUUGCCCCCGGGCAGCAGUCUGGCGCCGCGCAGCCGCAGUCGCAGUCGCGGACCGCUCAGUUGCAAGCAGAGAUCGACGAUACCGUAGGUAUAAUGCGUGACAACAUCAACAAAGUCGCUGAGCGGGGGGAACGGCUCACCUCGAUCGAGGACAAGGCGGAUAACCUUGCCGUGUCGGCCCAGGGGUUCAAACGCGGGGCCAACAGGGUCCGCAAACAGAUGUGGUGGAAGGACCUCAAGAUGCGCAUGUGUCUCGUCCUCGUCGUCAUCAUCCUGCUCGUCGUCAUCAUUGUCCCCAUCGCGGUCCACUUCAGCUAG